ACACACACACACACAAACAGAGGGAGAGAGACUCCCUGGCUCCCUCCCUCCCUUGCACACAGCGACUGGAGACGGACCGAGAGCAACGCGCAGGGAGAGGAGACCACCGAGCACAGAGCCAGGCGCUCUCACACAUACACGCACACACAUACUCACCCAGUGCCUGCUCUUUCCUCCCCCCCUUCCUCCUCCUCCUCCUCCUUUUCUCUCUGCAACAAGGGGGGGAAGCCACUUACAGGUAUUUGUUUAGUGGAUCGGCGUUUUUAUUUUUUCUCCACCCACCCCCCUUCACAGUUUGUUUACAAGUAUCAAAGUUGUAAUUGAGGAGCUGCCAAGACACAUCUGGAUAUUUCUUCUUCUUUGUGCUAGGGAGUGAUGUGCAACUAAUUAAAGGCAGACAGGCUCGUAGCGUCUGCAAUUUCCAGCCCCCCAAAUAAAGAGACUGUUGUCACAGUUCCCGGGAGAAUGCAAACGAAGAGGCUGCCCGACAGUUUGCCGUCUGCAGAAAUGUACCCCAAAGAGGAUUAACACCCCCCCCCCCCCGCCGCCCCAUCCGUCCACCCAGCGCCCGACCCCAUCCAGACGACGGCUCCUGUGGCCCUCCGCCCUGCCCUACCCUGCCCCUCACUGGUGUCCCCCCCCCCUUCCACCCUUUCUCCCGUUGCCACCAUGAACACCAACGUGUGCGUGGAGAGCGGCCCCAACCCCGAGGCCCCGGGGCUGCCCAAGGACAACCACCUGCCCGAGGGGGCCCUGAACAGCCUUGUGGAUUACAACUCGGAGAUGGAGCGCUACCGCUCCUUCGCCACCUUCUACAAGACCAACGGGGGCGCCUUCCCCCAGGCGGCCAAGAUCGCCCGCAUCACCACCCCCAUCUUCCCCAGCGCCGCCGCCGCCGCCGCCGCCCGCAUCGGCAUGUCCCCCUGGAACUGCGAUAGCGCCACGGCCGCCGCCGCCACCGCCAUGCUCUGGGGCAGCGGGGGGGGCGGCGGCGGCGGCGGCGGCGGCCCGGUCACAGGCGGCGCAAGGAAAUCCUCCCCCGCCGCCGCCGCCGCCUCGCUCCACGCCGGCCGGAGCAGCCUGCACCACCGGAACGAGUCCCCGCGGCUGGGCAAGCCCGGCUGCGCGCCCGCCGAGCCGCCCGCCUUGCAAAUGGCCAAUAAUAAUUUCCUCUCCGCCUUAUCCCCCGAGCACUGCAGACCUUUGGCGGGGGAAUGCAUGAACAAGCUCAAGUGCGGCGCCGCCGAAGCGGAGCUAAUGAAUCUCCCCGAGCGCGUGGGGACUUUCCCCGCUAUCCCGGCUCUAGGGGGCAUCUCAUUACCUCCAGGGGUCAUCGUCAUGACAGCCCUGCACUCCCCCGCCGCGGCCUCAGCCGCCGUCACAGACAGCGCGUUUCAAAUUGCCAAUCUGGCAGACUGCCCGCAGAACCAUUCCUCCUCCUCCUCCUCCUCGUCCUCCUCCUCCCUGGCAGCCGCCGGAGGAGGGGGGGCGGGAGGCGGCGGGGGGGGAGGCGGGGCCGGCAACCCUGCCAAGAAGAAGAGGAAAAGGUGCGGGGUCUGCGUGCCCUGCAAGAGGCUCAUCAACUGUGGCGUCUGCAGCAGCUGCAGGAACCGCAAAACGGGACACCAGAUCUGCAAAUUUAGGAAAUGUGAAGAGCUAAAGAAAAAACCUGGCACUUCACUAGAGGCAUAUGAUAUAACUCUCAAGAGAACACCUGUUCCCAGCGCUGAAGCAUUCCGAUGGUUCUUUUAAGCAGUAGUAUAUCUUAUUUUCAAGGCAGUCCGAAGUGAAUGACAAGCUAAAGUCUUGUUUUAAGAAACUGCUUAGUCCACCAUUGAAGAAUAUACUCAGAUACUAUUUUCAUUUAUGUAUAGGGGUUUCCUCAAAAACAAAACUUAAACAAUCUGGGAGCCUGGGAAUUGGCCAGUUUAUUCACGUUCAGUACACUGAAUCUUUAUUUGAUGUAAUUUAGCUAUACUAGUGAAGUUGUUGUCUAUUUUUAAAGUGGCUGUAAAAAAAAGUUUGGGUAAACCCCUGCUAUAAAAUCAUGUAUCUUUGAAAAGUAACAUAUCUAUACUUCAUUUUCAAAUAUAUGUGUUUCAGUACUGUAAACUGUACAGAUAGCAGCUUGUAUUUUGUGUGUUUAGA